UGAAGUGUUGUUGUGCCACACCGACCAGUUAAAACCGUUGGACACCAAACAAUCAGGGGCGAAGUUGUUCCACCUGCAUUAUGCCGGCGAGCAAAACCGUCAAAUAUUCAUUUUAACUUCAAGUAACGAUAAUGUGGGUCGCCAGGCGAGUUUUGUCGUCGCUGGUCAAAAGAAGUCAGUAUGCGGGACAGUCCGGUUUGUUUUGCCGCCCUCAGUACGGCUCCUUCCCUGAGCUGCGGUACCUUCAGUGCACAUGCUGCUGGAGAAGCCGGGUUCCCGUGGCGAGCUUUGAGACCCUUAACGCUAAUCUGUCCUCCAGUAAUGAAUCCUGCAAGGACGACGCGAGCAGAACGCUGGACACCUGCUACACCCCAGAGCAGCGAGACGCUAUCCUCCAGCUCCUCAACACCGCCACGCCAGGAGAGCUGGCCGGGAUAAAGCUGCUGCGAGGUCGCAAGUCCCUCAACAUUGUGGAGUACAGGACUAAAAACGGACCCUUUAAAACUCUGGAAAGUGUGGUGAAUGUUCCACUGCUAAAGCACAAAAGUGCUGUCAUUGUCUUCAACUCCAUUCUCAACCCGACGGUUAAGAAGGAGAGGAAAGUGAGGAUACAGCUGGCCAAGUUCAUCAGGCCAGAGGUCGACAAGUCUUGGUUAGAGGAUGCCAGUUCCAUAGUGUCACUCAUAUGUGGGACUAAUAAAAUUGCCUGGGCACACGUGGACCGUGGAAUGAGUGUACUGGACUGGCAACAGGUGGACUGUCCGAAUUUCCUGAGGGGAACUUACAUGGCUUCUGCUUAUUUGCAUGAUGUGUCUUCAGUUGUGGCCCUCCUGCCAUCAGCAGAUUUCUACAUAAUAGAGAAAUCUUCCAUUUCAGUCCAAAACACAGCUCUUUUCCCCAUCAUGGCACACAUGAGGGCUGUGGAGGCCAUGCUUUUUGCUCUGCUGGAGCCCAAAAAUUCCCUGCCAGAAUCCAACAUUCCUCCCAGGGUUCUCAACAUGAUGAGGACUGCUGUAGGGCGCCACUUUGGACUGAUGGUAGGUGAGUCUCGAACAAGCGGGGCGCAGGCAGUUCGACAGCUCAUGACAGAGUCGGUGACGCAGAAGCUUCCCAGAAUAAACUUUCCCCAGGAUCUGCUGGUGAAGUACAGGAAUUCCUUCCAGAUGGGCAGCAGAAGAGGAGGGGAGGAACUCUGUGACGCUCUCCUUCAGGCUAUAGCCUUUUAUGAGCUGCUCAGCGACUGCUCCUGAGAGCCACUAGCUGGACUCGUCUCGUCACCACACAACCAACAAACCUCAGAAAUGGCAUUCUGAGUUCUUUUGAACUUUUUUUUCCCUUUGAACUUUUUGGAGAUUAAUGAUAACUUUCAAGAAUUAAAUAUUUUUAUUGUGACUUAAAACACUCAAAUGCUGUUUUCUGGGUACUGUUUGAGUAUAAGGGCUGCUCCUGUGUUUAUUUCUGCUACUAACCCUGACAGGGGCG